UGUCGCCCGUCAGUCAGAGCAGGACAAGCAGCCUGGAGAUAUGUGAGAGACAGACCACUCAGCUGACUCUCUCAGUAUCUAGUCUCUAGGAUCAGACAGGAGAGGAGUCUGCAGUCAGAAGUUUAAUGUGCGUCUCGACAUGCCACCUCAUAUGGAUUACUUUUAUCACGAGUCCCGAGUGCCCUCCGCUUGCGGGCUGACCCGGGAGGAUGAGCUGGAGCCCGGUGUUAUCAGCUGUAUGCUGGUCGGAGACGGAGCCGUCGGGAAGACCAGCAUGAUUGUCAGCUACACCUCCAAUGGUUACCCGACAGAGUACAAGCAGACAGGCUUUGAUGUGUUCUCCGGUCAGGUCCAAGUAGAAGGAUCUCCGGUCAAAGUUCAGCUUUUGGACACUGCUGGACAGGAGGAGUUUGAUGAGUUCAGAUCUCUAUCCUAUGCUCACACGGAUGUCUUCCUCCUGUGCUUCAGCAUGGUCAACCCCACCUCGUUUCACAACAUCACCAAGAAGUGGGUUCCAGAGAUUCGGGCUUACAACCCAUCCUCGCCCAUCAUACUUGUUGGGACGCAGUCGGACCUCUUACUGGACGUGAACGUCCUCAUCAACUUGGACAAAUCUAAUGUCAAGCCAGUGCUGAACUCCCGAGCCCGGAGCAUGGCGGAGAAGAUCAGGGCUACGGACUACAUUGAGUGUUCAUCACUCACGCAAAAGAACUUGAAGGAGGCAUUUGAUGCGGCCAUCUUUGCCGCCAUUAAGAACAAAGCUCGCAAGACCAAGAAGAGGAGGUUUUCUGACAGGCGCACCAAAGCUUUUUCCAGGUGCAGCUGGAAGAAGUUCUUCUGCUUCAUCUGAACUCAGACCGUUAACCCUGUGGGUCGUGGACAAAUAUUUUAUUUAUUUAAAUUCCUUACUUUGACUUGAUGUCACAGGCCCUAUCUGUGGUAGUUUAGCAUCUUCCUCUUGUUAAUUAUUUGGCUUAUUUUAUUCUGGGUUGCCAAACGGUGUAAGAGAAGCAAGACAUGGGCACAGUGAGCAUUGGGAACAAACAUCAGUGGAGAAGGCAGAGAGGAUUCUGGGUCAUUCUCAGGCAGGGUCUGGUUUCACUCUCCAUUAGAUAGACCUCAGAACAGCAGUGUUAUUCACAUUAUAUUCAAAUGAAUAUUGUUCUAGAACAACAGAAGACAGUCUACUUUUUUUUAAGUAUGCAUAUUCUUUCAUGUGUAUCCACUACUGGUGAGAGAAAAGAGCAGUGAAUUGAACCUUUAAAGGAGGUGAACAGUGAAUCAGGGUAACUUGCUGAACAUACAGCCACAGAAAGAAAAACCAGGCCAUCAUGUAAAUGCUAAGAAUUUGCAUUGGGAGCUUUGCAACCAAUUGCAGCCUUUUAAUGUAAGCAAGAUAGAAACAGAAAGUGUCAGGGCUUUUAUUUGAGCAGAUGGGCGUUAGCCACUUCUUUGUUGUAUUCUUGCAGUCUGGCUGCACCAGCUUUUUUAUAUGCAGGAGCUGCAAGUUCAGGUUGCAGUGCGAGGUGCCACAUUCUUACCUGUGUGUGAAAGCUCCCCUGGCUGGUUUGGGAGGGUAUUUUCUGGCUGACAAUCCUUAUCACCCCUAACAUUCAUCUUGACUAGAAUUUUAUCAGCUCUAACAUUUCUGAUAAAGAAGCACAGCAGGAGGAUUUUACUUGAGACAAAUCAGAAACAAAUGUAUGUGUGUCCUUUGUGUGAAUCUUCAGAUUGGCAUAGGAACUUGCUAGAAAAUCCUGUUGUCUGAUGUGAAAGGUUGCAUGGGAGCAGUAACCUUUGGCUUUUUGUUCCCGUCUCUCAUCAAUCUGCAUCUGUAUAAGCAAGCACUGCAGGAGUCUUUACUUCCACCCUGCGGAUCCUCCCACCACCUCCACCAUUGGCCUGGCUUUUUUAUAUGCCCCUCUUUGUUUAUAUGCUCAAUACACUCCUUAUCUUCUGAAUAGCCCAGCGUGUACAGAGUUAGAGGAUGCUAAACAGCCACUGUGUGAGUGUCAGUGUAGGUAAUACACUUUUUUUUUUUAAAAGAAAAGGCGUUGUGCUUGUGAUAACUGUACAAAAGAAAAUCAUAUUUUGCAAUCCAGUGUAAUGAUACCUGGUGGAUAUACAAGUGUAUGUAUGUGACCAGAACCAGGGCAAUGCUUUACUAUGCUUCUUGUGGAAGUCUGUUCAUUGUAUAACCUAUUCUGUUUGUUAAAACAGUUCAUAUGUAAUGUUUAUGUUUAUGAAAUAUUAGAUAAGACAUGGAUUUUAAAUGCAUUGAUGCUCUCCAUAAAGUGGUUUUGUUCAAUUUUAUAUCACUGUCCAUCUGCCCUCUCUGACCUGUGCGUCUUUUUUACAUGUUGGAGUGAUGUGAUGCAAAUAAAUGAAGUGCGAAUGAUA